AUGGUAACAUCUUGGAAACUUGUGACGAACUUACAGGAAAGGCAGUUGAGGCCAAGACCAAAGAUAGUUAGGAGACUCUCUGUCUUCCUCAAGAAUGUCUGGGCAAAGGAGCCAGUGGUGGUGUCCAUGUCUGUCUGGGGCCUCGAUGUAAUUAUGCCCACAGUCAGCCCCAACACCAAGUAUGCCACUAUGACCAACCAAGACAUUCCCUACAACAACCCAGUGCCUGUGUGA